CCUGGAUGUUGUCACCACCGCGUAUCUCAGCCAAACCGAAAGUCUGGUCAAAACGAUUUCAACGAACGAGCGCAACGGACACCUAUUUCUAGUCCGUCGCUGAGCAAGCUAUUUUUUCCUUCUGACCCCACGAGUAUCGACCCAAGCAAGCUUCCCAAACGAUGGGUAUCGGCUAUGGAGCCUCCGACGAGCAGCUGGAGAAGCAAAUUGGCUGCGUGAAGUACACACUCUUCUGCUUCAACAUCGUGGCAUGGAUGAUAUCCACGGCGCUGUUCGCCCUGACCGUCUGGUUGAGGGCUGAGCCAGGCUUCAACGACUGGCUGCGCAUCCUGGAAGCGCAGUCCUUCUACAUCGGCGUGUACGUGCUCAUCGGCAUCAGCAUUGUGAUGAUGGCCGUUAGCUUCCUCGGCUGCCUGAGCGCGCUCAUGGAGAACACCCUGGCUCUGUUUGUGUUCGUGGGCACCCAGGUCUUUGGAUUCGUCGCCAUUGUGGCCGGGUCGGCGGUCCUAAUGCAGUUCAGCACCAUUAACUCCAGCCUGCAGCCGCUGCUGAAUGUUUCGUUGCGCGGCUUUGUGGCCACAUCAGAGUACACAUACUCGAACUACGUGCUGACCAUGAUCCAGGAGAACAUUGGCUGCUGCGGGGCCACCGGGCCAUGGGACUAUCUCGACCUGCGCCAGCCGCUGCCAAGCUCCUGCCGCGACACCGUCAGCGGCAACGCCUUCUUCAACGGAUGCGUGGACGAGCUGACCUGGUUCUUCGAGGGCAAAACCGGUUGGAUUGUGGCUCUGGCCAUGACUCUCGGCCUGCUCAAUGUCAUCUGCGCCGUGAUGAGCUUCGUGCUUGUGCAGGCCGUCAAAAAGGAGGAGGAACAGGCCAGCAACUACCGCCGCUGAACCCAGCCUCGUAUAUUUAGUUAGUAGCGACAAGUGACCCUGCGAUAGAUCUAAGAAUUCAUACCCAGUUCGAACAAUAAGUACAAUAAAGAUUGCGACCCCCACGAGAA